GGGCCAUUGGGAUGCUCUCAAUUAGUGGCGUACCAUGCAAAAUGGUCAAGAAACCCAAUGGUUCACAAACAUAUAUGCAAAGUUAAUGGCUGGGAAACAUGCAAAGUGUUGGAUUCCAAGUGCAUUUGCACUUGUGAUAAGGGAGUAUCUGGCCUCACCCAAUUCUAGCCAAUCAUGCGCAAUCUUUUUAUUGUUUCUGAUCACCCUUUUGAUUUCACUCCCUCAAAUUGCACUCAUUUCUUAUCUCUCCAAAAAAAAAUCCCAAAAUUUUUUUAGCCCACAACACAAACACACAAAAAGACCCCAUACCAUAUGGAAAACAAACAAACUAAACAAGAGGCGUUUUUUUCCUCUCCCAUUUUUGUUUCUUCACAAACACACACACAGUGGGAAGCCCUUUCUGGCUCUUUUAUUCUGUGCUUUUUGAUUGGUUAAUUAAUGGCUGCGAAUUAUUUCAACUCCAUUCAUCACCACCACAAUCACCACCGUCUGCGGAGGCGCCACUCUAUCGACUGCCCACCCACCACCGCUACAAACUCUUCAUUUUUCAGCCUAAAACCGGCCAGAAAAUCAAACAAUUCUCUUUCUCGUUCAAUUUUAACCACAUUUUCACUGUCCUCCACUUCUUCUUCUUCUGCCUCCACUUCAAUUUCAAGUACUUCCCAGCAACCUGCCAUCAAUUUCGACCUUCUCCAACAACAUUUAUCGGCUCAAAACUUCCGGGAAGCCGACGAAGAAACCCGAAGGCUCCUAAUCGUUUUGGCAGGGGAAGCAGCCCAGAAAAGGGGUUACGUGUUUUUCUCCGAAGUUCAAUUCAUCUCAGAAACUGAUCUCAGAACAAUCGACGAGCUCUGGAGGAAAUACAGCGACAACAAAUUCGGGUACAGUGUGCAGAAGAAGGCGUGGAAUAAAGUGAACAAAAACUUCAGUAAUUUCUUCAUCAAAGUUGGAUGGAUGAAGAAAUUGGACACGGAGGUUGAGCAGUACAAUUACAGGUCGUUCCCGACUGAAUUCAUGUGGGAAAACAGUGAGGAAACUCCUCAAGGGCAUUUGCCAUUGACAAAUGCUCUGAGAGGGACCCAAUUGCUCAACGCCAUUCUAAGCCAUCCUGCUUUUGAAGGUGGUAAUGAUGAUGAAGAAGAUCAAAUUGGAAUAGUGGGCAGUGAUAAUGGUGGGCUGAAAAGUAGUAGAAACAAUGGUAAGCUGCCAUUGAACAAAAGAGUGUUCAAAACAGAUUACACUUUCUAGAUUUUGCCAAAUUCGUGUGUGUGUGUGUGUGUGUGUGUGUGUUUUACCCAAAUUGGAAUGAAAUUGGUGAAUAUAGGGAUGAAAAAAAAACCCCCUUAAUUUUUGUCAAUUAAAUUGGUAUUUGUUUAUAUUGUUGAAUUUUAUAUAGAAAAGCAUUGAUAACAUCGAUUGACUGAAAACUUUGAUCUUUCUUCCGUUUUCACUUGCUUUGUUCUGUUCCUCCUCUUUUUUUUCUUUUUCUUUUUCGGGAGAGUAUUUAAUAUUUAUUAUAUCAUCCAACAAGAACUCUUAAUUGUAAACGUUGUAGGUUCACAUCUAUAGAAGGAAAUGAAAACGUUGUUACGUUACCCUUUCAGGAUGGUUCUUUUCAGUUCCUCGAAUGUUAUAUAAAAUGGUCAUCAAUUGUAACGGAAAUGAUGGUAGCGGAAAUGAUUAAUUAUUUCAAAAUUAUUAUUAAUAUUUUUCGGGAUUUCUAAUUCAAAAUUUUCAAUCACAAAUUUCUAAUUCUGAUUCACUCUUGGAUUUAUACUUCACAAUUUUUAACUGUGUCUAUUGUACUAUAUCAUAUCCAACUGCAGUAUUACACAUUUCUCAUCUAAUAGGAUACUGGCAAUUUAGUCUUCAAGUGUUUGACAAGUUGUUUUACAUUGAUAUGCCCCAUAAAAACUCUUUUGACAUAUUUUCUAUAAGAAAAACUCUUUGUACUUUUUUAAGUUUAAUAAAAAUAAUACGUUUGGUCUAGAUAAAGGCAAAGUAAAAAUAAGAUGGUUCUUUUAGAAAUAAAUGAAUGUCAAAAAUUGUUAAAGACAUUCACCCACCGAAUGUUUACAUUAAUGUAAAAGAAGAAAAUUGAACAUUGUUGUCUGUCACAUAUGCCAAUAAAUAGAAAUGCUUAAGCAAUGAAAAUUUUCCACCGAAUGAAUCAUUUUCUCCUUCCUCUUUCAUUUGGUUUACGAAGUAAAAAUUACUCCGCUUUAUUUUCUUCUUAAAUCUUACAAUUAAUCUCAUUAUAUAUAAUCUAUUAGAAAGUAAUUAUAUUAAAGUCUUUAGUAGAGAAGUUAAAAUAUCAUCACUAAAAUAAUUAAUUAAUACCUUGUUUUAAAUCAUUGUAUUUAGACCCUAGUUUUAUAACACGUUAUCAGCGCGACGUUUCUGCAAUCCACAAAGGUAUAAAUUUCUUAUCCAAUUUAUACAUUUCAUAUGAAUGGUUCUAUAAGACCUCCUAAUUUAUAUUUAAAUCAUUUAAUUUUUUGCAAUUUAUUUAAAGACUUGUCCUUGCUCAAGUCAUGAGUUUUAUGUUUAGAGUGGGAUGCUUUAAUAUCUCCCUACGUAAAUACUUAUAACUUACAUUCUUGUGAGAUGACUUCAUAUAUCCCUAAUGCAUUUAUUUUUCAUAUCUUUAUUUAUAUUGUUACCGUGGGAUGUUUUUCUAUGUCCCCAUAUACUAUAUCUGAUUUAUA